UCGCCCCGCCCCGCCCCGCCCCGCCCCGCGACCGUCUCUCUGCCCAGCUACGGGUCGGCCACGCGAAGGGAGAGCCUGGGCGGUGGGUUUGGCGCGAGGGUGAUUACCUUACCUAGCCUCACCCCCUGCCACCCGAGGCAGGAGGAAGCAGCGGUGAGGACCGCGGAUGGCAUGGCAGAAGCUUCGGACCAGCGUAGGCCAGGCCCUGCAGCGGGGGAGCCGCUGCAGCAGCAGCACGUCGCAAGCCAGGUCUUCCCCGAGCGGCUGGCUCCGGGGAAGCCCCAGCAGGGGUUCCUCUCCAGCUUCUUCACCAACAAUCAGAAGUGUCAGCUCAUGCUCCUGAAGACGCUGCAGACAAAUCCAUAUGUCAAGCUUCUACUUGAUGCCAUGAAGCAUUCAGAUUGUGCUGUUAACAGAGAAAGACACUUUUCUUGUGAAGAUUGUAAUGGAAAUGUCAGUGGAGGUUUCGAUGCUUCAGUGUCUCAGAUUGUUUUGUGCCAGAAUAAUAUUCGUAAUCAGGCUCAUAUGAACAGAGUGGUCACCCACGAGCUCAUUCAUGCAUUUGAUCAUUGUCGUGCUCACGUCGACUGGUUCACCAAUGUCAGACAUUUGGCAUGCUCAGAGAGAAUGGUGGUGAAGACUGCAUGCCCCACCCAGCAGGAAACCCUGCUGGAGUGA